UUUAGACAUAAUUUAUGGACAAUUGUAUUGAAUGUGAAGUUUGUUUUGACGACAAAACAUGUAUUUUCAUUGAAAACUUCAAAACAUAUGAUUUGUGUGUAAAAUGUUUGUCCAAUCGUUGUGCCGAUCGUUGGAUGUAUUGAGCCGUCGGUUAUCCGGUCUAUCGGUGGCCACACAGAGUAUACGAUACAAGCGAAUGAUCAAAUGGUGCGGUUAUUUAGAUAGACCUGAAUUCAAGAAACGGGACAUUAGAUGGCAGAUCGGGAAUAAACACAAACCCAAACUGAUCUCAUGGCAAGACUAUCAGUUUCGCAAAUUUAGGGCUGAAUACUACACGAAUAGUCCAUUUGCCGUAUGGCAGUCCAAAAUGGACAUGGCCGAAAAUAUGGUGCGCACCGGUAUGUCAACCAAAAGUGUUAGCCGUGUCCUCGAUUUGCACCCGCAUUGUGUCGAGUAUUUGCAAAAGAAACUGAACGGAACCGUUGAGUUGGUUCGCGAAGCACACUAUAGUUUGCAUGUUAACGAUCAUCCGGGACAGUACUGACCACUUCUGUCACCGCAUUGUCACAACAGUUAUCAACAUUUUUGUUACCCGUAUCUCAAAACACAUGUUUUCAUAUCUCAAUUGUUUGCUUAAUUGCUAUCGAUUUACUGUAACUAUAAUACUAUAUAUACAGUAUAUAUAGUAUUAAUAAAUGAGCAUGGUCAUCAAUUUGUAAUUUUGCAUUACUAAAGAUAUGUCUAUUUGAGAGGU